CCUCCAAACCCCCCCUCCAGACCCCAGUCCCCCCGUCCUCAGCGCCCGCUCAGCCAAGCCCAGCUCCAUAGGCUACCCCCUGGUCAGCCCCAAACUUAGCCCUCUGCUCACCCGGAAACCAACCUCUCUCACCAUGACGACUGGUCACAGAACUCAUUCUCCCAGCAACCCCGGCAGCAGAACUACAACUCCUAGAACCCCCAGCAGCAGGCCCAUGACCCCCAACAGCCUGCUGACCUCCAGGUCGGCCAUGACGGCCGUGACCCCAGGGGUUGGAGGUCACGGGGGUCAUAAGGAGGUGACGUUCAGGAGGUCGAGGAGCAGACCGGUGACCCCCACCAGUCAGCCGACCCGACCCAGGCCCCUGCUCACCCCUCCUGGGCUGAGUACAACAGAUAGUCUGGGCAAGGCCUCCAGCCUCAGGGCCUAUCUGUCAGAGGAUGAGUUCUACCAGCAGCUGCAGGCCAUCAGACAGCCAUGGCACAUUCCCAGUGACACAGAGAGUGACCUUCUGGAACCACCUGAGCAGGACAAGUGUGGGGUACGAGAUGCCAAUAAGAGAUCCGUGUUCUCAGACCCUCCAGUUAGUCCUUAGAUUGGAAGACGUACCGGCUCUGCAAUGCGAUUGGUGGACAUCGGCCAUUUUGGAGAGCGAGAGGGCCUAUAGUGAUGAAGACCAGAGAGAGAGACAUUGAUCCAAUCAAAUAAUUAUGCAAACCACUGGGUAUUUUCAAUAUUGUGUACAGAGACCAUUAUUUUUUAUAAUUCACUCAGUGAGGAAUAUAAAAAAAGAUUGUAUACUUUUUCCACAGAGGUUGAUAUUUCUGAGACCAUGUAGCACCAAGAUGUGUGAACUAUUGUCAAAAAUAGGACAACUUUAGAGUAUGAAGUAUGAAAUAUAACUGAAUAUUUCUUUUUGCUUGCUAUUUUAGCAUGCUUACGUCUUUAAAGGAGUUGAAAGAAAAAAAAGCAUUUUGUUGUUAAAACAUUUUUUUCUUGAAUCUAGAAGCAUACUUUGAAACAGUAGCACAUGUACUGUACUGUACUGUAUAGAGCCAAUCUCUGGAUAGGCACUUAAGGGCUGGUUUUUAAAGUGGAAUGGCUUUCAAGGGAAUAAAAUAAUGGAGCAGAUAUUCACCUUGAAUUGAAGAUUAUUUUCCCCCUCACUACAUUCUGUAGCCUGAUCCCAGAUCUGUUUUUAUUUUAAACCUAAAGCUCCAUUGUUUAAAAAAACAGGAGCUGGUAUGCAGGCUUUCGUACAGAUACUCACCUUGAUUUGAAAAGGAUAUCUUUCCUUCUUUUGCACCAAAUUUAGUUCAUUCUAAAUUCUGUUCAUUCUAAAUUCUGUUAAUAACUUGAAGAGUGUUUCUUCAUCACACCAUGGGUCUGUUCAGGAGACUGCGACAUAAGAACUUGCCCCUGGUAAGGGAAGCCUGGAAUCCCGAUUCCUCCUUCCGGGAUUUCUUGGGAAAACCUAGACAUUUUGGGAAAGGUAACAAUCCUGGUCUACACUGUUAUGUUGAUCUACGACUGUUCCUUUUGUAGCUAUGAGUUUUGUUAUACUUCUGUUGACAUGCAAAUACUUACAAAAUGGAUAAAAGAUUGUUUCUUUUUUAUGUACUGACUGAACCAUUGAAUAAAAACCUGGAAGUGA